AUGCGGUGGCUCGGGUUGAUAUGCAUAUUUUUCAGCGGAAUGGCUUUUGGACAGCCAUUCGCCAACCUCGAACAAACCCUCGUCCAUAUUGACAUGAAAGGCUCCGCACCCCGGCCAGGCUACCUGAAGCAACUAUUGACGAUUUUCGAGCAGCUAGGAGCUACGGGGAUCGUUUUGGAGUGGGAGGACAUGUUUCCGUAUACGGGUUCCCUCUCCAACUACAUCAAUGGAUACGCUUAUUCUCUCGCCGAGGUCGAUGAUGUCUUAUCACAUGCUCAACAGCUCGGCCUCCAAGUUGUCCCCCUCGUUCAGACCCUAGGCCACGCUGAAUGGAUACUAAAAGCCGAGGAGAAUGUCCAGAUUCGAGAGGAUCCGCAAUUUCCGAUGGUGUUCUGCAUCGGAGAUUCUCGGGCGAGGCAACUCAUCAAGGACAGCGUGCAGCAGGUCGCGAAGAUACACGCCAAGUACGGGAUGAGGUUCUUCCAUAUCGGGGCUGAUGAGGCUUAUCAGAUGGGCGAAUGCCCGCAGGACGUGGCGCUCCUAAAUACGUCUCGAUACCGUAACGACACGAAACGGCUGGUGUUUGAUCAUAUGAAGACUGUGGCAGAAAUUGUUACUACAGUACACCCCAGUGUAAAGGUGCUCGCCUGGUUCGACGAGUUCAAAACGGCCGACCCGUCGAUGCUCAAGGAGUUCGGCCUGGACGGGCUGAUCGAACCGGUCGUCUGGAAGUACACUGAUAAUUUGGACUACUACCUACCCGCCGGAAUGUGGCGGAAUUUGUCGACGGUAUUCCCGAAUGUAUGGGGGGCGAGUGCGUACAAAGGAGCGAACGGAGCCGAUAAGAUGGAUAAUGCGAUGAAGCCGUAUUUGAAGAAUAAUCAGGAAUGGUUCGUCCAAACAAUGAAGCACAGCGAGCAGUUCUCCACUUUUCGAGGCAUGAUUUUGACUGGGUGGUCGAGAUACGAUCACUUCGCUGUUCUCUGCGAGACGAUGCCGACCUCUAUGAUGUCGUUGGCUGUGAAUUUGCAGAUUAUCACAAAUUAUGUCGUAACCGAACGAGCGGCAAUGCACAUCAUGAAAACGUUAAAAUGCCCGCAGGGGACGACGCUAGAUGACGUGACGAAGAAUCAGGAUAAAUGCCACUAUCCCGGCUACCGUGUCCGCGAAGAGAUUCGAGCGUUCGAGCGUCUCGUCGUGUACUAUGAGAACGCAACGUGGAUCCAGAACCGAGAGAGAGGAUGGCUGAGGAUGGCACAACAAGUCACCGGGCAUUCUAAUCCCUAUUAUGUUGACGUCCUCGCAACUACAUACUCCAAAAUUCUGGCCUCACUGGAUACCUUAUUAGCAAAUCUAAAAAAAGCAAUGGACGAGAUCUACUACGAGGAGACGGCCCUGGAAUUCAGGAUUACGUAUAUUGACAAGUUCUAUGAGGAUAUAUCAAGGAAAUUGGAUGCUAUUAAAAAGGUGGACAGCCAAAAAGGGUGGCCGGUGAGGCCAAUCCUCGGCCGGAUCAUCGUUGAAGCCCCUCCGGUGCCGAGGAGGACCACGAUGAAGGUACCCUCCAUCCCGUCGACUACUAUUACACCACGCCCAACUACAGCAAGGCGGAGAGACACCCCUCGCCCUUCUACCACCCAACGACCACGACCAAAAGCAACGCGCAAGCCGACGACUCCAAGGCCUAAGCCCAAGCCAACUACCGUACACCCUAAAUCACUUACGAAGCCCACCAAGCCAGUGGAUUUUCCGACCCCUGGCCCUCUGGAUGAGCUGAGCGAAGAGGAGAAGAAGAUUCUCCGCGCCAUCCAGCCACAAGAGCUUAGAAAAGUC